GCACAGGUUCAGUCACUCACCGAUCGCCUCGAAGCGCGAAUCGUCGUCGCCGUCGUAUCCAACAGUUCUCGGAACCUUAGAACUACCAAGCCGAAAAAUUGCAAGAUCCGGCUCAAUAUGACGGCAAGCAAGCAGCAAGAGGCUGAGGCCGAACAUGAUCCCCAAGUGGUGGUCACCCCUGGAGACGCCUCUCGCAGCUCUCGCCAAGAUCGGGGUCUAUGGCGCGACCUGACUUCCUACUGGAUCCUCGGUCUGUGCAACAACUACGGAUACGUGGUGAUGCUGAGUGCUGCACACGAUAUUAUCAAGCAGUUUAAUCCGAGUGAUGAAUCGGAAGAAAGCUCGUCGGGAAGAAAUUGUCACUUGGUUUCAACGGGUGCUAUUUUGCUGGCUGACGUGCUGCCUUCAUUAUUUGUCAAGAUUCUAAUGCCAUUCUUUCCAUUUUGGGUCAAUUUCCGUAUAGCUCUUGCCGUGGCCUUUUCUGCAGCUGGUUUCCUCCUGGUUGGAUUCGCCAAUGCCGAGUGGAUGGCUCUUUUGGGUGUCAUCAUCACUUCGGCUAGCAGCGGAAUAGGUGAAACAACUUUCUUGGCCUAUUCUUCGCGAUACAACAAGAAUGUGAUCUCCACUUGGUCGUCUGGAACUGGUGGCGCCGGAGUCAUCGGAUCCUUGAGCUAUGCCAGCUUGAGAUCUUUAGACUUCAGUCCCAGAGAUACAAUGCUGAUUAUGCUGAUCUUCCCUGCGAUUGAGGCCUUUGCCUUCUGGUUGCUCCUUCGUCGUCCACAAGUUGACAUAUUGCCGGUUACCACGGUUGAGUCCACGGAAGUCCUGAUCAGUGAUGAGAAGCCAUUAGUUGGGUUCAAGGAAAAGCUCUCCUAUAUCAAGCAUCUCUUCAAAUAUAUGUUGCCUCUUUGCCUGGUUUACUUCUUUGAAUACUUCAUCAAUCAAGGAUUGUUUGAACUGGUGUACUUUGAAGAUAUAUUCCUGGACAAGGACUCGCAGUACCGCUGGCUCAAUGUGGACUAUCAGAUCGGAGUCUUUAUCUCGCGCUCCUCUGUCAACCUCUUCCAGCUGGACAAGAUCUGGCUGAUGUCCAUCUUCCAGUUCGUCAACGUGGUCUACUUCCUCACCGAGGUCAUCUGGUGGUACACGCCUAGCAUUUGGAUUGUGUUUGCCAUCGUCCUGUGGGAGGGACUUCUGGGCGGCGGUGCCUACGUGAACACCUUCUACCGGAUGUCCAAAGAGAUUUCGCCGGAGCGCCAGCAGUUCGCCAUGGCGAUGGUGGUCCAGUCGGACUCCUAUGGCAUUGCUCUGGCCGGAUUCCUGGCCAUUCCCGUGCACAACGCCAUCUGUGGUCUUCCGGCCGCGACCAGAAGCCUUGUUUGGUGAUACGGAUCUAGGAUCAGAAUAAGGAUCAGAUUAUGCCUUUACUGUGUGCGUGUUUAGACAAUUAAGAGUGUGUGUCUGUGCAUGUCCCUAUAGUAUUAAACACUGGAUCUCUGGACUUCCGGUAACCAGAUAGAUCGUUGUAUAGUUAGUAUGCUUCGGUUAGACUACUCUAUAAGUUUAGUUUAAUAAAAAAAAUAAACACUAUGCUAUAUGUAAUAA